AUGGCAGACGCAAACACAGCGGAGAUACAGUACAUCGAUGGAGUCAAGACUCUGGUUCCUCUAGCAAGGUUAGAGAACAACCCAGAGGUGAUGUCCCACCUUAUCCAUGAGCUGGGCGUGUCUCCCAAGCUGGGGUUCUACGAUAUCUACAGCAUUGAUGACCCGGACCUACUGGCUUUUAUCCCGCGUCCUGUCUACGGCCUCAUCUUCAUCUGUCCUCAUGAUGUCUAUGUCCGUACUCGCGAAAGUAUGGGCACUGACAACAUGCCUGAAUACACUGGCUCAGGACCAGACGAACCCGUGAUGUGGUUUAGACAGACCAUCAAGAAUACCUGUGGGCUAAUGGCUCUAAUCCACUGCAUCAGCAACGGGGAGGCAAGGGAAUAUAUCCCCGCAGGAUCUGAACUAGACAAGUUGUUUAAGACAGCCGUGGAUCUGGCUCCUACUGAACGCGCCCAGUUGCUAUAUGAUUCCACACUGCUAGAAAGAGCACAUCGCUCGGCCGCGAGAAGGGGAGACAGUGCUGUUCCGGCCCCUGACGACAAGUGUGGUUUCCAUUACAUCUGCUUCGUGAGGGGUUCGGACGGCCAUCUGUGGGAUUUGGAAGGUGGGGUGAAGGGCCCGAUCGAUCGAGGGCUUCUGGACGAGGGCCAGGACGGGCUGAGCGAGAAAGCUCUCGAGCUUGGGGUUCGAGCGUUUCUCAAGCAUCAAAACGAUGCAGGGAAGGGGGUUGAUGCAUCCGGCUUCAGCAUUGUGGCUCUGGCACCAAGCAUGGAUUGA